AUGCUUCCAUUUCUGUAUUUCCUGCAUGUAUUGCCUGGCCCAUCAGGCAUCAGCUCGCUUGCGGCGGCUAUCCCGUUGCGGCGGCACGACAACCAGCCAGAGGGCCGGAAAGCCCAUCGCUUCAUCCCAUCAUCCGCCUUACGAUUGAACACCUUCUGCGACCCGCGUUUCCAGGGCUUCGAUAUCUCCCUGGCCCUGGCCCUGACCAACUGUACCUCUUCCUCCGCGGGUCUCCCUGCGCCCCGGCCUCGUCUCCGAGCGAACACGUCGUGA